AGAUUUGAGCCGAGUGCGCUGCGGCUAAACCCCGUGAAUCGCCGCAAAACGGGCGCGCCCGUCAGCCAAGUUUCCUGAUUUUAAGUGAUCAGCGCGCCAAGCAGAGGUAGUAUUGGAUCUUCGGACUCUAUAUCGUCUGCUACUGCAAAUCUCAUCGAUUGAAGUUAAUCUUGAUAAAUUCCACGGUGUUGAGACGAAUUAUCCCUCGUGCUCCUCUGCUGAAAGAAACCUUCACAAACCAUUCCACGUUCGUUGAUGAUAGGCCUAGUGAAUUUCCAACUGAAACUCAGUACUGUGUAGGCAUGGUAGGAAAGCCAUUUUUGGAAUACCAUCCCGCUUAGUGGAAGAUUCUUUAAGAUGAUAUAACUUACUUAAAUUUUGCAACGAGAUAUGAAUUUAAACAUGAUGGAUAGAAAUAUAUACGUCAUCAUCUUGGCUGCAGUGUGCAGUGUUUCCAUGACAACCAGUGAGGAGAUACAGAUGGAGAAUGGUUUUACCCUACAGAGUCUUAACAUCACUAUACUUCCUACAACGGUGGUUGUCCUCGGUCUAUUAAACCCGCUUGAAUUGAACGUUUCGAUUUCUUAUGACGUCAGCAAACUUUCAUCCAAUCAUACACCAGCUAUUGAAAACGUCACGGAUAUACAGUGGAAACUUUCAAUGUGGGGCAGUAGUGUACCAGAGACGAAUGGAACACAAAUAUCAUACCAGGGACAGGUCCUCGAUAACGAUCAGCGAUUCAAACCCUUUCAUCCUGGUAUCCCGCUGGUCUUUGAUCCGGUGGUCGAGUACAAGCUUGACCUCCGUCGGGCAUCAUGUGGGCAGGGGGCUCGGUUCAUCUGCGCCUCGCUCAUCAGGAAGGGGGCCAACUUCUCUUCCACGGCGGAGCUUCAAACUUGCAUUCCUGGACCAUCGUGUAAAGAUGGAGUUGUCGUCAACGCUUUAGAGAUUUCGAUGGAUAGAUCGAUAGAAGUAGAAGCAGGGAUUUUGAACACAUUCCGCAUCAACGUCAGUAUCAUGUACGACAUGAAUCUGACUAGUGACGUCACUGGCAACGACCAAUGGCAGCUCAUGAUCUGGUCACGUGGUCUCAACGGCGAUUACAACGACUCGUCUAGCCGGCUCUCAUUGGUCGAACAGGCUCUGACGCAAUACCAAGCCGACCAAUCACUUAUCAGCGGGGAAGAAUUUCGCUUUAUGAACGUAGAGUAUACUCUGGAUAUGAGAAACAGAACGUGUGAACAGACUGAAUUGAUUUGUGUGCGGUUUAGGCGGGGUCACAACGGCACUUAUGAGCUACUUAGCAAACCGAAUGCAUCCGUGAGAACGAAGUGCGUGGAGGCCCCUAACUGCCUGGAAGAGACAGAAAUAUUUGUCACAGAAUUAUACACGAACACUUCUCGUCCAUGUCGAGAAAACGAGCGAGACUGUGACGUCAUAAUGGAUACAAACAUGACACCUUCAUCGGAUCGGCCUUCAACCACCAAAGGCAGAAUCUCGACAACGUCUGCGAUGUCGCUUUCGACGGUCGCAGUGGUACCUCCUCCAUCGACAGUUUCUCAAGGUAUUGUUACGUCACCAACUUUCUACCAAUGGUUAGAGACUGUUAUAGAAACUGACGUCGCGCAGCAAGGCCGCGCCGAUCAAUCGGCGGAGUCCAUCUCAUCUGAGCUUGCUGAUUGGACGGAUGAGAUUGAUGACGUCAGCAAGGAGGAGCUUCGAAUGACGGGGCGUGUACUAGAGCAGAUUUCACACAUCGAGGAAGUUUCGGAAGAGGUUGCUAGCAACAUUGUAGAUGUCGUCGACCGCAUUAUCAGCAUUGAAUCAUCAUCAUCGUCGACUUCGAUGAGGAAUCCCGACAAUACCGCGUCCUCUACACUAAUCGUCCAAAGCAUGGAACGGCUACUCACGCACGUGAAACUCCCGAAGAACACAUCGUCGAACUUCUCCACAUCGGGCGCGAACCUCGCAAUGGCCGCCUUCAAUCUCGUCGCCGAUGAGGGCAAUGAAGACUUGUUCUUCGUCGACGAUGUCCUGCAGAUCAACGUCCGAGAGGAGGUCGACGACGAGAACGGUAGCGUUGGCAAUAGGAAGGUGGUCUUUGAGAAGGUGAGGAAGACUGAUCAAGGCGUGAACGAUGCCGAUGUCGCUGUGGAGGUCGAAACGGGGAAACUUUUAAACUCAGCUAUCGAUUCGACAAGCAACUUGCGGAUCGAUCUCAUCGUCUACCGCAACGAUACGCUCUUCAAGAGCGCAGCAUCCACGUCGGCGGGUGGUUCCCAUGGUAACCCAUCAUCCAGCGAUGAGAGCGGGAAGGGGUGUAGCAUAGAGAGCAAGGUUCUCUCGGUGACGAUCAGGCGGGAUGGUGAGGAGAUGAAGAGGCUAGCCGCUCCGAUCAAUAUGACAUUCAAGCUGCAGAAGACGAAUCCGUCGUAUACCCCGACGUGUACUUACUGGGACUACGACUUGAACGACGGCGAGGGUGACUGGUCUACCCUUGGAUGCGAUCUCGUCGAUGAGAAUGACGUCCAGGCAGUCUGUAGCUGUGAUCAUCUUACUAACUUCGCUGUCCUCAUGGCCCCUAGUUACGGUUGCCAUCCAUACGCUCUUGACGUCAUCAGUCAGAUUGGUUGCGUCAUAUCAACUCUUGGUCUGGUGCUCACCAUCAUCACUUACAUCAUGUUCGGUAAACAGAUGGGCCAGACUCCUCGCCUCAUCAUGAUCCAGUGGUGCGUGUCCCUUCUCCUUCUCUAUGUCGUGUUCGUCAUCGGAAUCGACCAAACUCGAUCACCGACCGCCUGCACGGCCGUGGCUGCUCUCCUCCACUAUUUCACCCUCUCGUCUGUUCUAUGGAUGGGCGUAGAGGGCGUGAACCUGUACAUCUUGCUGGUUCGUGUUAUGGAUGUUCCUCGAACAAGGCGAUUUAUGCCCGUCGCUUGCCUGGUUGCUUGGGGUAUUCCUAUUGGAUUUGUUUUAAUCGGGCUGUUCCAGAUAGGACCAGACCAGUACAGAGAAGAAAGCUUUUGUUUUUUGUCACGUGGACCUCACUUCAUCUAUGCCCUUCUGUUUCCGCUGGCUGCCGUACUUCUUCUCAAUAUCGUUUGCUACAUCCUUGUUAUGAAGACACUCACAUGCUCAAGAAUGAAAAUCCGUGUUACAAAGAUUGAGAAAGGUAAACUUCACGACCUAGCGACGAGGCUCCAACAAGCCUUGGCAAUCGGAUUACUGACUGGUCUCACCUGGCUCUUUGGAUUCUUCGCCAUUGGUCGUAUGUCAGCUGUAUUCACCUGGCUAUUCUGUAUCUGUAAUUCCCUCCAGGGAUUAUGUGUGUUUCUUCUCUUCUGUGUGUUCAGGCCUGAGCUGAGGAGAGCGUGGAGAAAGCAGCUUUGUCCAUCGUCAAUUCGUCCCAAGCGACGCUCGGCCGCCAAGAGCUCGGAACUGGACAACAUUCGAAGCAGGAGUACAAGUCUGAGGGAUACGUACAACCGAUCAACCAGCGGAGGCACAACGUUCAAACCAACCGGGACUUAUCGCGAAUAUUCGUCAUCCACCUCGUUUAAUCGGACACUUUCGGGUUGAUAUCAUCAUGAUGACGAAGUAUUGUGACGUCAUAGUUACCCAGUAAUCAGUCUAUUGCCUGUAUAUGGGAUAUAUUGCCCCUUUAUGCAGAGCUGGGAUGGAUGUCGUGAAUAUACUUGUUUUUGACUCUGUGAAGUCCCGGUCAUGCUUCAUGAGAUGGUGAAACGGAUCGUCAUUCAAUUUUUUCUCAAGCAUGGACGCCAUCAAUGUGAAUGGUUAUAUUCGCAAAGUACUCGAAGUUCUUGUCGAUGCACAAAAGACUUGAUUUCAUGGUUUCCUGGCGAAAUUAUAUUUAUGAAGCAUCUUAUUUAAUGGUCUGGGAUAGAGGCCGAUGCAUUUGAUCAGUGUAGUUAACUUCGGUAAAAAUUAUGUUACGAGAUUAUCUUAAUGGACGGUGUAUUUACAGUCAUUACUGCUCUUGACAUUCAUAAUUCUGCUGAAAAUUUGAACUGCUUUCAUCGUGUGCACGUACAGACAUCAUAUAACUCGUACAAAGUAUUAUAGUAUUCCUAAUAUGACGGCAGUGAAAGGACUGAAAUGAUGAAACAAUAAUUUUCCCAAUCAUAGAAAUUAUAAUAAGCCAGUUAAUAGAUAUCAGGAAUGUGACAAGCUUCAAUGAUUCCCCCGGCCCCUCCCUGCGCCUGCUUUGUGAGUUUACGCCAGUGACACCUAACACUGUGGAAGUAUCCAUAGAGUGAACAUAUCUUCACACUGUUGAAUGUGAGCAUGUUAACAGUGUGGAUUGUGUCUUCACCAUGUUUACCACAGUCCACUAUGUGAACAAACUGUGACACACUGAUUAAUCGCACUUUACAAGUGUCCACAGUAUGUCAUUAUGAUCUUCACACUGUUAGAUUUAAACAUUUCAACAGUGUGAAACACGUCCUCACAUAAUAUACUAUAUGGAACAUAGAAUCACACUGUGGAGGUAAUAUCCAGUGUGAAAUUGUCUACACACUGUUAAAACUAAGCAUUUCAACAGUGCCGGUGGAUCACAUCCCCGGAUCGCAUCUUUACCUAGCCCGCUAUCAUGAUCCUUAUUCUGAAGUCCGAUCCACAGUCUAACUCUGUGCUAAAAUAAUAUUAUUGUAAGACAAAUAAUUUUGUACAAAAUUUGACUGGGAUUAUACACUUUUACUAUUUAUUAUAUUCUUUUGAAAACCUUUAAUUGUGAAGAAAACUAUGUUAUCUAUCAUUCA